CCGGCCCCGCCCUCUCCUUGUGACCAUGACGCUAUGAGGUAUCGGCGCUGGAUGGUGCGGUGGUCGCGUAGUUGGCGCACGUCCCCUGUCGCUGCUGCACGAUGUUUGAGAACCUGAGGGAGCGGCUGCUCACAGUGCAGCAGGACCUGACCAGCGGAUUUAAAAGUUUGGGCGAUAAAUCAAGAGAUGUGAAGAUCAAAAAACAGCACAGGCCAACUGAACAAUCUGUCAGGUUUCCAGCAGGUGUGGAAAUUCUUAGCAGGUAUGAAGAUUCCUGGGCUGCACUACAUAAAGGGGCAAAAGAAUGUGCAAAAGCUGGAGAGCUGAUUGACAGUGAAGUGGUGAUGCUUUCUGCUCACUGGGAGAAAAAAAGAAGUGGCUUGGUAGAUCUUCAGGAGCAGCUGGAAAACAUACCUGCACUCCUUGCAGAUCUUGAGUCAGUGACAGCUAAACUUGUUAUGCUGGAAGGAAGUUUUGAAGAUGUUGAGAAACGAUUGGCAAACUUGGAAGAACUCUAUGAUCAAUGUGAAUUUCAACGGUUUCAGCACAUGCAGUACAGACAGCUAGAAAACUACAAGAAAAAGAAAAGGAAAGAGCUUGAGAGUGUGAAAGCUGAUCUGGAUUCAGAACACUCCCAGAGGGUUUUGGACAUGGAGUAUGCUCAGCAGUUGAAGCUAAAGGAACGACAAAAGUUCUUUGAAGAGGCUUUCCAGCAAGACAUGGAGCAAUACUUGUCUACUGGAUACCUGCAGAUAGCAGAAAGAAGAGAACCAAUCGGAAGUAUGUCUUCCAUGGAGGUCAACGUGGACAUGUUGGAGCAAAUGGACCUGAUGGACAUGUCUGAUCAGGAAGCAUUAGAUGUCUUCUUAAAUUCAGGAGGCGAGGACAACAACAUGCUUUCCCCUAUGUUAGGCCCUGACUUUGAAACUUGUCGAAAUGAGAUAAGUCUGCAGGUUCCCAGCCAAGCAGAACUCAGACAUAAACUUUCUUCCUUAUCCUCAACAUGCACUGAUUCAGCCAGCCAGGAUAACAGUGAAGAUGGUGGGGAGUCGCCCAUUAUCCAAUCAGAUGAAGAGGAUGUUCAUGUGGACUCUGUACCUGGUGUCAGCCAUGUUAUUAAAACCACUUCUGAUGUGAGUGAUGAAAGCGAUUCCCACACCGUGUGAACACGAGCUCUGUGUGGCUUCUAUAUCCUGGAGUAUUAGCCAUCUUUUUACUAAUCCACCUAUAAGAGCCAACCACCUCCACAUGCAGUGCAACUGCUAUCCUACUGAUUUACACCAAGUAUUGUGUACUGGAGUCAAUUGCGAACAAAAUGGUAUUAAAAUAGUGUUUUUAUGGAGGCUGUAGAAUAGAGGUGAAGAGUGGAUACACUGCACCAUUAUGCAGUUUUACUUGUGUGCUUAGUUUUUUAAGCACCAUAUUUCUCUCUCCUAAAAGACUGGGAUGAAGUCCUGCAUGAACAACCACUGAAAUACUUGCGUUUAUUUAGAUGCUUUGCUAGGCCAAGUAUUUUUACAUAAUAUGUUCAAAGUAUUCACCAAAAAUUCCUGGUUUACUGGCAGUAAAAAAUAGCCAAAACAGAACUGUCCUGAAGGUUGAAGCAUAGGUCAUGUGAAUUACAGGAAAAGCUGGGUUCACAGUUAUGCCUCCUGCACAUGACUGAAUAUGAGAUCCACUUAAAUCUCAACUACAGAAUUUUAUGGGCUCUAUGGUGUCUCCAGGUGUCAGAUAGAGGCACUUUUUUCUCAUAGUGACAUGUAGCUGAAGGUAUUCAUGCAAGGAGGUUUCAAAGGCAGAGAUCCUUUAAUAGACUUCUUUCAUCCAAGGGAUUGAAAUUUUUAAUAAAAACUUUUGAUCUAUCAUAGAGACGCAUAAAUACACACAAACCCCCAACCGAUCACUAGAAGAAGCCAGGAGAAGUGCGCGCUUACAUUGACACAGGGCACGGUUGCACGCUUCUCUCCUCACUUGUAGUGACUGGUCAGGAUUUGAACGCUCAGACCCCAACCAAUACAAUGUUUUUUGUGACAACAGAUAAUUUUUAGUGCACUUCAGCAUCAGUUAUAAUAGAUUCCAAUAAUGGGCCCCUGACAAAUACAAGUGUGAACCCAGCUUAGUUCUGUCUGCCUAGAGAUGUAUAUAAAGUAAUCCGAGAACCCAGUAAUACAUAUCACAAAUAAUAAGCUUGGAAAAAACUGAUAACUUCUCUGAUUUAUCCUGUGCCAACUAUUGUGUACUUGCCUUGAUGAAUUAAAUAAUUUCAUAUCAAGAAGACUGUGGAAAUUGUGUUGUCAGACCUACAACUGUAGUAAACCUGACUGAUGAAGAUAUAUGAAUA